CCAACUCCAUUCGCUUCGAACGCCAUCGGAAUUCGGAAGUCGUAGUCCCUCCUCGCGCUUCGCCUUUCGAUCCCAAACCCCCCGCCCCCUCUCCCUCUCUCUCCCCGAUCUCGCGCGCGCCACCCCUCGCGGCGGCGUUCCCCCUCUCUCCGGCGACCUCCGCCGCCGCAUCGUUACCCCACGUUGGAGAGGGGUAAAACAGUUACACAUGGGCGUGGCCCUGGUUUUUCUUUGUUAGUAAAUGCUGAAGUGGACCCGAUGGGAGGCAUUUUCGAUUGCGGGAUUGGUGUGGACACCAAAACUUCACCACGCCGUGCAGCAAUUGAAAAGGCCCAAGCAGAGUUGAGGCAAGAAUAUGAUGUACGCGAAGAACGACGGAGGGAGUUGGAAUUUCUUGAGAAAGGAGGCAACCCAUUGGAUUUUAAAUUUGGUCAUGUAGCAUCACUUAGUGUACAGUCAACCUCUGUAACGGAUCAACUGGCCGAGCAAAAUGCAAUAAGCGAAGCAAAAGGUAGCUUUGCAUUGGCAGCUUCUCCCCAUGGGGAUUCUGUUGAAAGCAGUGGCAGGCCUGGAAGUUCAAUGGGUCGGGAACCUAACAUUGCUGACAAUCUAUUGCUUUUGGAUGGAGAUAAUAGCAAUCGUGGUGGGGAGAAAAAUGUCAACAAGCGUAGUGGUAAAAGAAGUAAUCUUGCUUUACUAGAGCAAUCUUCACAAAUUGAUGGCGGACAUAAUGCAAAAGAAUCUGAAGACUCUCCUAUUUUCCGGCUUGGGGUAAAGAGUCAAGCAUAUGCUCGAAGGAACAGGUCAAGAUCGAGCAGAGAUAAUGUUGCAGCUGGGAAUAGAUUUUCAGUUAUACCUUCUAGUCGUCAUGAUUUGAAAGUAAAUGCAGAAGAAAAUGCCGUCUCUUCCAUUUCCAACUCAAAACCAGCUAGUCCAAAUGGUAAUGAUGUAACAAAUAGAGAGCUAAAUGGGGAGCAAAUUGGUCAUGACGUUAGUGUUUCGGUAAAAGAAGGAUCCUCCAGGCCAGCGACAGAAGUCAAAACUUCUGAAGCCAAUAAUGAAGAGUCAUGUGGAGUUGCCGAGGCAGUUAAUAAUGCUACAGCUUCUCAAAUAGUCAAUGUGAUUGGAAAAGAAGAAGCAAUUUCAAUUGGGCUUCAUUCUAUCCCUAAUGAAUGUGCUGAAGAAAUGAAGGAUGCUGCAACCGUUGAAAAGAUCAGUUACUCUAAGAUGGACUUGGAUGGCAAUGAUCUGGGUAGUAGAAGUGGUAAACCUGAGGUUACGAAUGAAGCAAAAAGCGUAGAUAACAGAGAAAUAGAUCCUUUUUGUACCAACAAGGCCGGUAGCAUUGAUGUAAAUGAUGAUGGUGAACAUCCAACAUUAGGAAAGAUGCCUACUACUAUGAUUAACAAUAUUUCAAAUGAGAAUGGUUGCUUGAUAAAUGCUGAUGCUCCAGAUAAUAGUAUACAUGAAAAAGUUGGUGACAUGGAGGUCUGUGAUGGUAGAACUGAAGUGCAAAAUGAGAGACAGCUAGUCUUUGAUGAUUGUGAGAAGACAGAUAAUGGAGCUAUAUUAAAACCUGAAGAGAAACCAGAACACUCUACAGGUGCUUGCAGUUUUACUAAGAAGUCUGACGUAGUUCACGGCACCUUAGUUUCUGCCAGAAGUGAUGUGCCCCCUGCUGUUCCUUCAGUGCGAAAUCUAAUAUCUACACCUGAGCUUCAGAAUUCUGGAGCUAACCACUUAAAGACGGCACAGAAAGAGCAUGAGGAUGCUAUUCUUAGAAAGGCUCGGACUAUAGAGGCAAACCGCAAGAGGGCUGGCGAGCUGUCCUGUAAUAUUUCUUUAGAUAAGCGACAAAAGUGUCAUUGGGAUUUUGUCCUGGAGGAGAUGGCAUGGAUGGCAAAUGAUUUCAUGCAGGAGCGAUUGUGGAAAAAUGCAGCUGCAGUCCAGCUCUGUCGGUGGAUUGCUUCUAGUGGUCGAGCAAAAUUUGAACAAGCGAACCUUCAGCGGAAGCAGAAAACUGUUGCUAGAUUUUUAGCCAAGGCUAUUGUGCAAUUUUGGCAUUCAUCUGAGGCUUUAUGGACUACUAGUGGAGGACCUAAUAAAUUGCAUGAGAGCAGCCUGGAUAUGUUAAAAGGGAAGCUCAUUGAAGCUAAAGCUGAAAAAGAACAGGAUAGCAUGUAUAAUGAAGUAGAAAAGUCUGGGCCGGUUUCCCGCCUUGCUAUUCACGAUUAUGCAGUUCGGUUCUUGGAGUAUAACAGUACAAUAUCUGAUUGUUCUGUCUUAGCUGAAGCACCUACCACUCCUGAUAGGCUAUAUGAUGUGGGCAUUUUGGAAGUAUCAGAUCAACUUUCAGAAGAAAGUCUCUUCUAUGCGGUCACUCCUGGUGCAAUGCAGGCUUACAGAGAAUCUGUGGAGUCUCAAUGGGUACAUUAUAAGAAGUCAGGUAACGUGCAGCAUCAAGAGGACCGGGCUAUGUCCAUGUGUGAUUAUGGUGCAGAUGGGGCCCGUGAAAAUGCAUAUGAAGAGGAUGGAGGAGAAAUGUGUGCAAUUUUGUUGCCUGGAACAUGUGAAGGUGGUUUUUCAUCAAAAUUUGUUAAUAAAAAGAGAAAAAACAUGCAACAGAACUCAUAUUCUACAAGAAUAUACGGGGCAGGCACCGACCCAUCUUAUGAUUCUCAGCCUUUAUUAAAUGGUAAAAGGCCUUCAAAUUCCCUUAAUGUGGGCCAUAUUCCAACGAAACGGGUAAGGACGGCUAUUAGAACACGGCUUGUUAGUCCUUUCACUGCAGGACCGGCUGGCAGUGUGCAUGUAAAUAGUAAAACUGAUGUUUCUAGUGGGGACACAAAUUCGUACCAAGAUGACCAGAGUUCGCUGCAGGGGGGAUCUUUGCUUAAGAAAAACAUGGAAGUUGAAUCGACAGUCGAUUUUGAGAGGCAGAUGCCAUAUGAAUGUGUUGAUGCAUCUACAAAAUCUAAAAAGAAGAAGAAAUCUAAGCAUUCAGGAUACAAAACUGUGUUGAAUUUGACUGAUUCUUGUGUUUCAAUGGUGUCAGAAAAGGCCUCAUCACACGAGCAGAGAUUCCAAAUAGAUACUUUGGCUCAACAUGAGCAGAAGGAUCACAUGAAAAAGAGAUUGGAGAGCCAGAAUUUUGAACCAAAUGGAAACAACGUUCUUUUUGGGCAACAUACUGCUAAGAAACCUAAGCUAUUGAAGCAAGUGCCAGAUACUCUGCAAGAAACUCUUACCCCAGUCAGUGGGUCAAUGCCUUCUCCAGUUGCAUCGCAGAUGAGUAACAUGCCCAAUCCAAAUAAGCUUAUUAAAAUGGUUGCCAAUAGGGAUCGUGGAAGAAAGGGUAAAGCCUUGAAGAUGGCUGCUGGUCCCUCUGGGUGUGGGAGUCCGUGGUCAAACUUUGAGGAUCAGGCUCUUGUUGUCCUUGUUCAUGAUAUGGGUCCAAACUGGGAGCUUGUGAGUGAUGCGAUCAACAGCACCCUUCAGUUCAAGUGCAUAUAUAGGAAACCUAAAGAAUGUAAGGAGCGCCAUAAAUUUUUAAUGGAUAGAAGUGCUGGUGAUGGUGCUGACAGUGCAGAAGAUUCUGGCUCAUCUCAACCUUACCCAUCAACUUUACCUGGCAUUCCGAAGGGUAGUGCCAGACAGUUGUUCCAGCGCCUUCAAGGACCACUUGAAGAAGAUACUCUCAAGGCACAUUUUGAAAAAAUUAUUUUGCUUGGACAUCAACUUCGUCCAUGUCGUAGUCAGAAUGAAGGCCGAGAACUAAAGCAGAUAACUCCUGCUCACACUUCUCAUGUUGUUGCUCUUUCUCAAGUUUGCCCAAAUAACCUAGGUGGAGGUGUUUUGACGCCACUUGAUCUUUGUGAAGUGAUCAAUUCUAGCCAAGAUGUUUUUCCCAUUGGUUACCAAGGGCCUCAUACAAAUGGCUCAGCAAUAUCAAGUCAUCAAGGUUCUAUGGCUCCUAUUCUUCCUCCACCAAAUGUGAAUUGCAUGUUACAAGGUUCUCCUGGUAUGGUCGUAGGCAGCAACAUGCCAUCGCCUCCUGCACCAUUGAGUGCCCCUACUAGAGAUGCCCAGAGAUACGGUUUGCCUAGACCAACUUCUCUACCGCUUGACGAGCACCAGAGAAUGCAGCAAUACGGCCAUAUGUUUUCUGGCAGAAAUCUUCAGCAAUCUAGCAGUAUAUCUGUGCCAGGGGCUGCGUUACCUGUGGGAGUUGAUCGCGGUGGGGUCUGCACGCUACCAGCUGGUAACGGCAUGGGAAUGAUGCGUGGACUAAACAGAGGGGUUCCUAUGCCAAGGCCGGGAUUUCAAGGGAUUAGUCCUCCGGCUAUGAUGAAUAUGGUCUCAACAGGAAACAUGCUACCAAGCAAUGGGCAUGGAAUGCAGAGCUCGGUCAAUGUUCAGCGAAAUGCUACUGUUGCUGGUGCAGGAAAUUCAAUGUUGCGGCCGCGUGAAUCUUUGCAGAUGCUGCGGCCUGGUCAGAACCUCACCGACCAAAGGCAAAUGAUGCAAGAACUCCAGAUUCAAGUUUCACAAGGGAAUGUACAAUCUUACCCUCCUUUCAAUGGUAUCAGUGGACCGUUUUCUAAUCCAGCAGCUUCUUCACCUGUUCAGUCAUUUCCUGUUCAACCACCCCAACCAGCGCCUCCGAUGCCGCAACAGCCCCACAUGCUUGGAAACCCUAACCACCCUCACAUCCAUGGGCUGAACCACGCAGGAUCACAACAGCAGCAGGCUUAUGCUAUCCGCUUUCCAAAAGAGCGGCAGAUCCAGCAAGGAAUGAUGGCACAAAGUUCACAACACCCUUUUCCAGUGCCCAGUGGGCCCAAUGGCAUGCCACCCAUCCAAAACAGCCAGCAGACCCAGCCAUCUCCUGUUCCUCCGGUUCCUUCUUCUUCUCAAGCAUCGCAUAAGCAACAGCGGAACCCACAAGCUAGCAAUGGAACGCCUAGUCAGGUAAUGAAGCAAAGGCAAAGACAACAGGCUCAACCUCAACAGCAGCAGCAACAACAGCACCAGCAAAGACAAAGCCAGCAAGAAAGGCAACAAUCUCAACAGCAGGCUAAGCUAAUGAAGGGAAUUGGUAGAGGGAGCUUGCUGAUGCACCAAAAUUUGACGGUUGAUCCGUCUUUAGUCGGCAGCGGCAUCUCAACAGCGAACCCCAAAAACCAGGUUUCUGACAACAAAAAUCUGAUGCAACAGUCAGCCCAGGGUUUCUAUACUGGUGGUGCGGGUUUAAACCCAUCAUUGCCUCCUCAAAUAGGAAACCAAUCUAAAAUAUACUCUAGUUCAAUGCCGUCUCAAUCAUCAAAACAGAUCCCACAAAUGCCUUCUCAUUCCGAUAAUGGUAAUCAAGGAUCGAAGCAGGGUUCUCCUGUUCCUUCUUCAUUGCCACUGUCUCAGCAGCAGCAGCAAUGCCAUGUGAAUCCGUCUCAACAAAACACUCAAAGAGUGAUGAUUCAGCAGAAGCAGCGUCUAAUGAAUUCUGAUGAAGUUCAGCCUAAUCAGUUGAUUCCGGCUACACAAGUUCCUAAUAGUACAGAUUCAGGAAGUUCUCCUGUGGCUUCAUCAUUAACACAGUGGAAGCAAGAGCCGGCGUCAUAUGAUACAAAUGCAAUUAAUUCGGCAGUUCAAUCCGCUAGUUCACCACAGGAGAAUAUACUGGGGAAUGAAGGGUUAGUGCCAUCUUCUUCUGGACAGGUUCCAAUACAGAGGCAAAUUUCAGGUGUCUCGAUGCAUAACGUUGGGAGUCAGUGGCAGCAGCCGCUGCAGCAGCAGCAAUCUCAGCAGCUGUUGCAGCAGCAACAGCAACAGCAACAGCCUCAGCAUCAUAACCGAACAGUGGUGCAAAGCAAUAUUUAUGCGCAACCUUCAAAUUCAGGACCUGGAUGAUAGAAGUAGUGUUGGAUUGAUCAUGUACUUUGAAGUUGCUCCCACUUCUCUUGUAAAAUUAGUGUACAGGUCUUCAGGCUGUGAAAGCUGCGGAAUUCUAUUAUGCUCCUUCAUUCCCAACUUGAGCUUAUCCCACUUAUUUCAAGGCCAGGUACAAUAUUUCAUCCUUGCCUCAUCUACUGUUGGCUUUGCCCUCACCAGACGGCAGGAGUUGCACCGCUAUUGUAAUGAUUAAUUCUUUCUUUCUUUUUUUUUUUUCUUUUUUUUUUUUUUUUUUUCUGGGUAGUUGAACUGUACCCUAAUUGGGCCUAUGUAGUAUAUUUUUGCCCCACGAUAUUUAUGUUAUAUUAGAUGUUGGCAAAUGUUGUGCAGUUAAUCAUCCCUUGUCGGCAAUAUCUUGCUGAUUAAAAUUUGUAUAGAUUAGUAUGUACUAUAACAAGUUAGUGAACUUGAAAUCCCUUCUCGCAAACUUCUUCAUUAUCAUCACCUUGUAUCCGUCAAAUUGGGAGUUUGAAUUCUGUUGACAGAGCCUCUGGGUUCAUCAUACUAGGACACAAUAAGGGAACAAUUUCAUGACCUAUAGUUGCUCUCAUUUUUUUUUUUUUUUAUUUUGUUUCUCUUCUGUAACUUUGUCACAAGCUGCAGAUUAUAUGUAUAUAUGUGGCGCUUCAGAAUGGUGAAGGCAGUGAGAAGGGUAGUGCAUAGAUUUGGUAGUACAUGAUGCCUCAGUAAUAUUAUGCUUAAA